AUGAGCGAAGAAGUGUGCAGAAUAUGCAAGAAAAAAGCGACAGGAACUGAGCAAAGCUGGGUCCAAUGCGACAGUUGUGACAGUUGGUACCACUUUCGCUGCGCAGGUGUCGACGACGACGUUGAGAAUAGCGACUGGAAUUGCGAUUUGUGCCUUGCUGGAGGCAGCGACGGAAUCCCACUUGGAAGGACACUGCGAUCACCGCUCCCAAAUCAGUUCGACAACUCCAUCUUAUUAUCCGUAAACCAGAAUAAGAUCGAGCAGCAAGUGAACUCGCUCAUCGAUAUGGAUAUUCCCGGCGAAGUACAGAUUACCCCCGACAACAACUCUAACGUCAACAAAAACCAGCUAAUGCUUGACAUGUUAGAAGAAAAAAGAGCUUCCGAACAGAGAUUUAUAGAGAAGUAUAAAAUUUUACUGCAAAUGAACGUACUAGGCGGAUCGACAGCCGGGCUAUUUCAGGCGACCCCCGCAUCACCCUCCACUUCCCAAAUCGCCGCAAGACAAGCUAUACCCAAGGAGCUUCCUUCGUUUAGCGGGGAUCCUGAGGAGUGGCCGAUGUUCAUCAGUACAUUCGAGCACAGCACUUCCGCAGCAGGAUUCUCCAACGUUGAAAACAUGCUCCGUCUACAAAAGUGCCUAAAAGGCAGGGCACGCGAAAUGGUAAAGGAUAAGCUUCUACUUCCUAGCCUAGUUCCGGAAGUAAUGAGCACGCUGAAAAUGUUCUUCGGCAGACCUGAGCACAUUCUGGAGAGGAUGAUCGACAAGGUGAGGAAGCUACCGCCGCCCAAAGAAAAAUUGGAAUCCAUAAUAGAGUACGCGCUCGCAGUGCGCAACAUCUGCGCCACGAUCGAAGCAUGCAGCCUAGAAGCGCAUUUAAACAACCCAAUGUUAGUCAAGGAGCUUGUAGACAAACUUCCAAGUAACCACAAAUUAAAUUGGGCGAUGCACUCCCGCGACGAAUCAGUCCCUCCCAUUAAGGCCUUCAGCGACUGGCUUUACAAAAUAGCGCAGGCGGCAUCGACUGUCGUGACACCGUUUUCUCACAAGACUAGUUCUGUGAAUACCCACAAUAGUUGCGCAGCCAGUUCGAGCCAGGGAUCUGCAGUCCAGCAACAGCCUACUCCAAAGUGCAUCGCAUGCAAAUCUACAAAUCAUUGGGUAACACAAUGCGAACAAUUUAAAUCCAGCGCCGUAGAGCAGAGAUGGCAAGUCGCUAAAGCCGGAAAGGCAUGCUUUCGAUGCUUGAAGCUUCAUCGAAACAAUUGUCGACUAAAGGAUUGCGGAGUAAACGGUUGUACCAGAAAGCAUCACCCUCUACUCCAGUCGGAAAAUGUUCCCAAUACAGCCAACGAAACGGGAAAUCAAAGGCAUGUAAGCACACACCAAGGCGAUGUAGAAGGAAACCAGUUCUUCCGAAUCGUACCCGUAACAUUACAUUAUGCUGAUCAAAAAAUGGAAAUCUUCGCUUUUUUGGACGAAGGAUCAUCUGUUACCCUAAUAGACAAAUCAAUUUUUGACAAGCUCGGUAUAAAAGGUUCACCGUCACCGAUUUGUUUGCAGUGGACUGGAGAAACAACCCGGUUCGAAAAUACUUCCGUGCGAGCAUCAAUCCAAAUCUCAGGCGUAAGCUCAGAAAAACGUUACUGGCUCAACAACGUUCAGACUGUCCAAAACAUUGCACUGCCAAAGCAAACCGUUGAUAUGGAUGAGUUGCGCAGUAAGUACAGCUAUCUAAAGGACCUGCCAUUAGAGACCUACUCCACGCAGCCAAUGUUAUUAAUUGGAACAAACAACUGGAAAAUAGGCAACUGGAACGACCCAAUAGCGUCAAAGUGCAUGUUGGGGUGGACCAUCCAGGGAUCGGCAAACUCAAACCGUCACGUAUCUAUGCACCACUGCGAUUGCAACUGGCAAGAGCUUCAUGAUGAAGUGAAAGAGCAAUUCAACAUCGAGUUAACUCCGCCUAAAAAACUCCUUUCAAGCGAGGACAAGCGAGCAGUCGAAAUCCUAGAGCAGACUUGUCAGCACAAAUGUGGAAAAUAUGAAGUUGGACUUCUUUGGCGGAAUGAUCUUCAAAAACUUCCCGAAAGUCGCAUUACCGCUCUAAAGCGCCUACAAUGCAUGAGAAACAGAAUUCUGAGCGAAACGGAUACGUUUACGAAAAUCGACGACCAAAUCAAAAAUCUUCUUACAAAAGGAUACGCCAAGCAACUGUCCGACGAGGAGGCGGAGAAAGAAGAAACUCGCACCUGGUACUUACCAAUCUUUAUAGCCUUAAAUCCGAAUAAGCCAGGAAAAAUUAGGCUAGUCUGGGACGCGGCAGCAAAAACAAAUGGAAUAUGCCUCAACGACCUUCUGUUAAGCGGACCGGACCGCUUAAACCCACUCAUCGACGUUCUUCUAGCCUUCAGAGUCGGAAAAGUCGCCGUAAGCGGCGACAUCGCCGAAAUGUUCCACAGGAUCAACAUUCGCCAUGAGGACAUGCAUUCCCAGCGCUUUCUUUGGUACGACGCCAACCGAAACAAGAUAAACACUUACGUCAUGCGUGCCAUGACCUUUGGUAUUAGUUGCGCGCCAUUCAUAGCCCACUACGUGCGCGACAAAAAUGCUGAAGUCCACCAGCAGCAAUUCCCCUUAGCCCUGGAUGCGAUUCAGCGUGCGCACUACGUCGACGACUUCAUCGACAGUAUGAGUGAUGAACAGAAAGCCAUCGAAAUAUCCAGCCAAGUAAGAGAGGUCCACGCCAGAGGCGGAUUCGAAAUCCGAAACUGGGCGUCAAAUUCGAGUACAGUUCUCUCGUAUCUUAUGAACGAUGGAGACGCCAAAAAUCAGGAACCAGUGCAGUUCGGCGCUACAGAAAAGGUUCUGGGUAUGUACUGGGACCCACAUAACGAUGUUUUUAAGUUUGUUUGCAGAUUCACAAGACUUAAGCGAGAUGUCCUUACCGACCCUGCAGUUCCAACGAAAAGAGAAGUCCUUCAGGUUCUUAUGUCGAUCUUCGACCCCUUGGGCCUACUGUCAUGCCAUACGAUCGGAUUAAAAAUUCUUCUGCAGAAAAUCUGGCGUGCAAAUAUCCGCUGGGACCAAGAGCUGCCAGAAUCACUGUUGGAUGACUGGAACCAAUGGAAGCUGUUACUGCCUCAAGUGGCAACAAUUAACAUUCCGAGAUGCUACUCCCCAAAGAUGUCUGAAGAGACCCGAAUUGAACUGCACACGUUCGUGGACGCUAGCGAGCAUGCUUACUCCGCUGCUUGCUACCUGCGAGUAUCACAAAAAGACGAGGUGGACGUAAUACUUGUGGCCGCGAAGAGCAAAGUGGCGCCACUAAAACCACUAUCUAUUCCUCGCAUGGAGCUCCAAGCCGCCGUGAUGGGCUCACGCUUAGCCAACAAAAUCAUCAACGUACGUAAUCUUCGAGUCGACGAUCUUACGUUCUGGUCGGAUUCACGAACUGUUUUACAAUGGCUGGUGAUGGAUCCUCGCAACUUUCAACAAUUUGUGAUGCACAGAAUCGGCGAAAUCCUGGAGACCACCCGAGCGGAUCAAUGGCGAUGGGUCCCAUCAAAACUCAACGUUGCAGACGCCGCAACUAAAGUUAUAAAAAAACCUUGUGUGGACACAUGGCUUUACGGACCCGAGUUUUUGAAAAGCAAACCCUGCAAGUGGCCAACAAUUCCAUCACGGGCAACGGAGAUCGAUACGACCGAACUACGCAGACACAUCUUUACAACUCGUAAUGCGAAUAAAGUCUUACUCGACGUGGAUUAUUUCUCCGAUUGGCGGCGCCUUUACAGAGCCGUCGCGAACAUGUUUCUAUAUAUCCAGCGACUACAGGCAAAGUGUCAAAGGACCUACAUGGUGACAGCAGUGACCGAGUUUCACGUCAAAAAGGCACAGACCAUUCUAUACAAAGAAGCACAGAGGCUCGAGUUCGCGGAAGAAAUCAAUUCAUUGAAGUGCACAAAACCAAUAAGCGCAAAAAGCAGAUUGACUGGCUUGAACGCAUAUCUGGACGACAAUGGAAUCCUGCGCACUAAAGGUCGAGUGAACGCAGUCGGAUAUACUAAGGACGCGAUAAUAUUGCCCCCAGAGAGUCGAGUAACAUUUUUAUUGGUCCGGUUCUAUCACGAAAAAUAUCAUCACCUCGCUCACGAAACCGUGAUAAACGAUAUAAAAUCCAACUUUUAUAUUCUGCGCCUAAGAGUACUGCACAAAUCCAUAAGAAAAGCCUGCCAAUUAUGUAAAAAUCGUAGCGCUAUGCCACAGCCUCCACAAAUGGCCGCUGUUCCAAAGGCUAGGUUGACAAGCUAUGAAAAACCGUUCACGUGCACCGGCGUUGAUUAUUUUGGCCCUAUCCUAGUCAACGUCGGAAGACGCAAAGAGAAGAGAUGGGUUGCGCUGUUUACCUGCUUAACCCUGCGUGCAGUCCACUUCGAAAUCGCUCACAGCCUCGAUACAAGCUCCUGCGUGAUGUGUUUCACCAAUUUCAUGGCACUUCGUGGGACACCAAGAGAAAUUUACUCCGAUAAUGGCACGAAUUUCAAGGCCACGGAAAAGACAUUGCGAGAGGAGCUGAUCAAGAUCGACUUUGACAAAAUUGCAAUCAAGUUCGACGGUAUUAAAUGGCUCUUUAACCCUCCAGGAGCCCCCCAUAUGGGCGGCGCUUGGGAAAGAUUAGUCCGCACUACCAAAACGGUCCUAAAAAGCAUCUGCCCGAAUUACUCAUUCAACGACGAAAGCCUGAGGUGUGCUCUGAUGGAAGCACAGUUCAUCAUUAACUCGCGCCCGUUAACUUUCGUCAGCCUGGACUCCGAGGACGACUCUGCGCUGACUCCAAACCACCUGCUGAUGGGUUCAUUAAACGGGUACAAGCCGAUCAACAUGAAUUUAAGACGUCAUUGGAACGAGGUAAAACUCUUUGGAGAUCGCUUUUGGCAACGCUGGGUGAGGGAGUAUACACCGGUGCUUACUAGACGCACUAAGUGGUUCGAAAAGUGUCCCCCUUUAUCAGUUGGAAGCAUAGUAAUGAUCGUCGACGAAAACAUGCCUAGGAAUUUAUGGCUUAAAGGACGAGUGACCAACACUGUUACCGCCAAGGACGGACAAGUUCGCCGAGCGACUAUUAUAACGCAGUAUGGAGUUCUCGAUCGACCAGCUACCAAGAUUGCGGUUCUAGAUGUCGGCUUAGAAGAUGGUAACUGA